AACGAAACCUCUGUUCUCUCAUCUUCAGAGCAAUAAGAACGGCCGCCACUCGGAUUUAGCAUCGACCGCCGGCUAUCACUUCUUUUUGGGGCCUGGGAUCGUCCGUUAACGUUACUUAUCCCUCUUUUCUCUUUCCUCUCACACACUAUGGCUCCUGCCCACCGUUCCCUCAUCGGCGUGAACGCCCCUGCGGUCGCUCUUCCCAACUAUGAUGGUGAAGAGUUCAAGCUUACCCCAGGAGAAGGCGGCAUGCCUACGGUCAUUUUCUUUUACCCCAAGGCUGGGUCUUAUGGAUGCACGAAAGAGGCCUGCCAGUUCCGAAAUGCUAUCGCUGAGAAGGAAGCGUUUCAGGCCGACAAUGUCCAAAUCGUCGGCAUCAGCCCGGACUCUGUUGAAAAACAGAAGACUUUUGUCGAGAAGAACAAGCUUACUUAUCCGGUCCUGAGCGACUCUGAGGGCACGGCCGCGAAGGCAUAUGGCAUCGGCAAAGGUCUGUUUGGGCUCGCCGAUGUGGCCCGGACGACUAUCAUCAUCGACGCGAAGGGGAUCAUCCGGGACACCAUCGAGGGAACCCUGAAUUACGGAGCUCAUGCCAAGUUUGUCACGAAAUGGCUGCAGAAACUCGAAAGCGAGAAGGAGAAGCCUCAAGAGGCACCCGCCGCCGAGACUGCUGCUGCUGCUGAGACUGUCGCGGAGCCAACUGCAGCCGAAGAGUCUGCCCCCGCGGAGGUUCCCGCGCAGGCUGAAUCCUGAGCGGCACGAAGCUGUGUACACACGCACAUAUAUAUAUACCCGGAAUGACACACUCACUACAUCAAUCCACACUCGUUUUGACCCAUUUCACUGAUUCCCGAUGUGCGACCACGACGCCAGCUCUGAUCGUGGUCCGGUCAAAGCCGGGAUUGAGCACAGCGGCUUGUAAGGUCGGCGAGUCGUGCAGGACGACGAGAUGUGCUGGAUCGUCGAUUGCUACGGAAAUAUCCGCUGUGGCAUUGGGGUCUGCGAUGGCUCUCUUCGAAAUUGUUGUCACAGCGCGCUGCUCGUUUUUCAGUUCUGAUUUCUUGCCAAAGAGUGCACGGACCAGAAGAUUGAUCAGAUCUGGCGCCGUGGCAGUCUGGAACAAAGCAACACCGAGCGUGCAGAGAGAGAGCGGAUCAACAGAUCCUUGAGGUGUGAAUGCGUUCUGCAUCAAUCAGUCUUUUUGCGUGAGAAUUGGUGAAUUUCCUCACUUGCACGUUGUUGACCGACAAGGCCACCUGUAUCUGGUGUUUAUUGGCGAGAUACGGGACCCUCAAUGUGCCACGAGGUGGACCCAGAGGCUCGUCCACCGCGCCUCGCCCCAGCAUAUACAGAUCGCUCUGAGGAAGACCGAUAAAG